CGUAUUUUUCGGUUCAAAAUUAAACUGAAAAAUAUCAUCACAACUAACAAAAAAAAAAAUAUUUUCUUACUCAGUUAUGUGUUGAGAUUGUUUUUAAAUUGUUUGAUCUCAAAUUAAUGUUUAGAUAUUUAGCUAUGUCUAGAAAAGGCUUAAGUGAUCAACAAUUAGUCGAGUUAUUAAAUUGGGAUUUGAGUGAUGAUGAUUUAGACUGUACUGAUUCUGAGGAUGAUAUGGAAGAAUGUGAAGAAAUAUUGAACGACGUUAUUUUAGAAAAUGAGUUGGAUCUAGGUAAUGAUGAAGUUUUUGAACCUUUAAAUAUUAUGAAUAUGCCUGUUGUUCUUGAUGAUUGUGAUCCAAAUUCUUUAUGUAAUGAACCUCCUAUUAAUGAUACACAAAUUACAAAUAUUAUUUCUCAAAUUAACAAUCAAAAACUUUUAAAAACAAAAAUAAAUCAAGUGCAAUGGAAAAAAGCAAACUUUUAUAUGGAUCCACAAUUUUUAAAAUUUGAGACUGAACCACUUCCUAAUAAAAUUACUUCAUUAAAGUCACCAAUUGAUUUUUUUUUCUUAUUUUUUUACUGAUGAUUUAUAUCAACACAUAAUAUCUCAAUCCCAACUUUAUUCAAUACAAUGUGAUGUAAACAAACCUGUCAACAUAACUAAAACUGAAUUACAACAAUACAUUGGCAUAUGCUUAUUUACUUCAAUUGUUGUUAUCCCUAAUGUACGUUGAUUGUUACCUAUUAUUUUAUUAUUAAUUAUUAAUUAUUCAUUCAUUUUUAUAUACUUUAUAAGUGUUUAUUUAAUUGUUUGAUAUGUACUA